GUCAGCUGCUCUUAUUCCAUGCAGAUGCAAGCUGAACCUCUGCCCUGUUAGUCCUAAAAUGUUUAGGCUAUAAAAUGUUCUAAAAAGCCUUGUAGAUGAGAAAUUAGGGCUGUCAGUGCUUUUGCUACUCUUUAAUGUUCGUCCUCUGGAAGUCAUUGGUGUUUGUUAGAAGCGGCUCCAGAAAGAAUUGUUGGCCUUGCAGAAUGAACCUCCUCCAGGAAUGACCUUAAAUGAAAAGAGCGUUCAGAAUUCCAUUACACAGUGGAUUGUAGAUAUGGAAGGCGCCCCAGGAACAUUAUAUGAAGGAGAAAAGUUCCAGCUUUUAUUUAAGUUCGGCAGUCGAUAUCCUUUUGAUUCUCCUCAGGUUAUGUUCACCGGUGAUAAUAUCCCUGUCCAUCCUCAUGUUUAUAGCAAUGGUCAUAUCUGUUUAUCUAUUUUAACGGAAGACUGGUCACCUGCACUGUCUGUGCAAUCUGUUUGUCUUAGCAUAAUCAGCAUGUUGUCCAGCUGCAAGGAAAAGAGACGACCUCCAGAUAAUUCCUUUUAUGUAAGAACAUGCAACAAAAAUCCAAAGAAAACAAAAUGGUGGUAUCAUGAUGACACAUGUUGAUGCAAGUUGAAGCCCAUCUAGAAGAAGAUAUUCCUACUGAAUAAACAAGCACUUUGGUCAUUUACGUCUUUGAACUUUAACCUUUGACUAGAGGUGACUGUAUUAAAAGAAGACUACUUCCUUUUUACUGCAUUUUUACUAGUGUGCAUUGUGGCGCAUGUUGAUAGCUGUCUCAGCACAUGCAGCCGACAUGCUUUAUUAGUCAUACUGGAUUAAUGCAGAUGUCAGGACGAGAUUCCAUUUUACUUUUUCUUUACUCUUUCCAAGAUUUCCCAGGUCGUCAUGUAUUGUGCAAUAACAAUGAUAAAUGCAUGACAGGGCCUACUGGAUAAUAUCCACCAUAUGAAUUUGGAUAAUAAGGAACACUUCCACCGCUGCAAUGCCACCCAUGACAUCGGGAUACUAUGCACUGUGAUCCUGAACAUGGCGGCAUGGCUCAACAUGCGCGACCUGAAGGACUGCGGAACACAAACUGUAUUUAUUAACUGGUUUCCUUUGUCAGGUUCUUGGCGAAUGUCUUCUGAUGAGUGCAAGGGACAGGUACAAAAAAACUGAACACAAUGUGGUAACAUACAUAAGUUGUAUAUAGUCAAUAGAGUUUAGAGUAGAGUAUGUAUGCGUGACAUGCUAGAUUGUAGGUGCCUUUAUGUGUACCUGUCACCUAUACACAGUGGAGGCAGCCAUUUUGUGGACUCACAGCCAAGAUUCAGCUGAGCAAGUCAUUUAGAACUAGUGACAUUUCUGAGAAGUAAAACGCAAAGUGCUUCGUGCCUCCAUGAUGCCAUUAGUUCCUAUUAAACGAUUAGGCUGCAGUCUAAUGAAUACUGUGUAGCCCAUAAAAUGGCUGCCUCCAUUGCACAUUUAAGCAAUGGCUAUGCUUAAAUCAGGACUUUAUAUCAGGAAGGGCGGUCGUAUGAGUGUGUUUCAGUCAUUAGACCAAGGUUUCACGCAGCUUUUUAUUUCAUUUGAUGCUGUUAUGUUUUUCCCCUAGCUGUUGGCAUGAGCCCAGCUCAGUCUAAUGUAUUUGUUUGAAAACAUAUUUUGUCACUUUUUUCUUUUGUUUGUUUAUUUUGUUGUCUUGUUGUAAGUCUUGUUUAAUUAAUACAUAAGUUUAUUUAGACCAAGAAACCUGGUAAUCUAUCUUAUUCCUAUUUCUCUUGCCUGCAGUCAAUCAUUAGCACCCACAAAGUAGUGUAUUCAGUAUGUUUUACUCUACAAAAAGCAAGAAUAUAUUUUCUUAGAACAUGCUGAAUAUACAGCACUCCUUUUCCCUCAAAGCUAAUUAUUUGUUUUUUCACAACAUUGUUGACUUUUUAGUCCUAGAGAGGAAUUCAAUUAGGCACAAUCAUUUUUUGGCUCAGAAAAAUUGGACUUUUUCAUAAAUUUUUUUUUUUAUGAAGUUUUUUUGGGGGUCAAUUCAGUUAUUGCUUGUUUUUUGUGGCCCCAAAAAACCCACACAGAAUCCGAUUGCAGAAAAAAAAGCUCAUUAUCUGGCCUUUUUUUUUUUUUUUUUUUUCAUUUUUUUUUUUUUCAGAGCCAUCUGAGGUCCCAAAAUAAAAUGCCCAAUAAUAGCUGUUGGCGCACGUGCUUCAGAGCUAAUUGGAUAGCAGCAGGGAAUAAUUACUCCACAGUAAAUGACUGCAGCUAAUUGAAUCCCCAACCUAAAACUGUUCUAAAUUAUUUUAUUUUAUUUUUCCUAGUAAUAGAACAGAUCGGAUGUAUACAGCAAAGGCAAUACUAAUUGGGGAAAAGCGGUUCUCAGUGUCUAUCAGGAGCUCUCCAUAUUGCUGUUUUGAGAUUUCUGGGUUUUGUAGUUCAAUUUUUUCUUAAAAGCCACUGGUGGUUUUGCACUGCUUACUCUCUUACAGAAGUAGCCCAGAUGUGGCUUUCCAGCUGUUUUGGAACUGAAAGUUCCAGCGUGCUUUUCAGCCUGAGACUACCAGGGCUUGCUGGGACUUGUAGUUUUAGAUCAGUUGGAUAGCCACCCUGGUUGUUGCUUUUUUUUUUACCCUUAAUUCUUUGUAAAAAACUGUAAACGUCAAUAGGUUUAUUUUAGUCAACACACCAAUUAACUAUAGUUUUGUUCCCAAAGUUACUCUUGGUGAUCCUUAGGGGGCUGGGUUAUUUGUAAAUAAAACCAUCAUCUGUAGGAAUAGGAUCCAUUUGUCCAUGUACUUGAAGAAAACAAAUGAAAACAUAUAUAUUUACGGACCUCUGAAUGUUAGUUAUACAUGGUAUCAAUUUAAACACUGACCAGUUUCUCAGUGAAAUUAUUUGACCUUUCCAAAGUUGCUGAGCGGCGUUUGGCCUUUGCAUUAAGGAUACAGAACAGAGCUGGCAGCUUUGAAAGCCUUUGACACCAGACAAAAGCAUUAUUGCUUGUACUCAUCAAACUGUUGCUAGGUUUUAUGGAUUAUUAAAGUCAAAUAAAUUCUUUUUUCCUUAUCUCA